AUGGAUGACGGACUAAAGGGGAUCAAGAUCAAAAUUCCCUCCUUCCAAGGCUACACCGAUGAACAAAAAGUCAAACUGGCAACCCUCGAAUUCACCGAUUACGCGAUUGUCUGGUGGGAGCAGGAGCGCACUAGCAGGCGCCGCAAUAGAGAAUGUCCAAUUAGUACAUGGGAGGAGUUACGAACCACCAUGAGGAAGCGGUUCAUACCCAGCCACUACUAUCGUGAUCUAUAUCAGAGGCUCCAGACAUUAGUUCAAGGAAGCCGUAGUGUGGAGGACUACUACGAGGAGAUGGAGAUCACCAUGCUCCGAGCAGACAUUGUGAAGGAUAGAGAGGCUACCAUGGCGAGAUUCCUUAACGGCUUGAGACCUGAAAUCGCCGAAUUGGUGGAGUUGCAAAACUAUGUGGACAUGCCUGAGUUGAUUGACAAGGCAUCCAAGAUCGAGAGAAGGCUUAAGAGGAAGGGUAACCCUUGUAACCCUAGCUUCUCGGCCAUGCCUGUGUGGAGGGGCAAUCCGACUUUCGAGCGGGGACGGCCUAGUCCAAGGGUGUCCAAGUUUACUCCUAAGACCGAGCCACCCAAGCCAGCCCCAAAGGCAACUCCAAGACCUUCAUUCGACUCUUCCAAGCCACGAAGCCGCGACAAGUGCUUCAAAUGUCAAGGAUUUGGGCACAUUGCUUCCCAGUGUCCCAAUAGGCAUACCAUGAUUGUCUUACCAAGCGGAGAUGUCGUAUCCAACGACGAGGACGAGUUCACUGAGAUGCCUCCAUUGAUUAAUGAAGGUGAAGAUUCCGAGGUGGAAGUUGAGGUCAAUACGGAGCAAGUGGGUGUUGCUCUAGUAGCUCGUUGA